AUGCGUAAAGAAUUGAUUCUUAGUGAUGAAGAAAAAAAAUCAAGACAUUUACUAAUAUUAGCAAAUAGACAAUUGAAACAAAUUCUAUCAAAUAAACAACCACUUCUUACUCUUUCAACUGCUUUAAGAAAGAGAAAACGUUCAUUGAUAUCAUCAAGAAAUGAACAAACUGUUGUUAAUUCAAUUACCAAAAUGCAUUGUUGUAGUUCGAAUGAUAUUCUAAAUGAUGAGGAUCGAAUAUUAUUGAAUAAUAUAAAUAAUGCUUAUCAAUUAGUAGUAGAUAAAAAUGAUUAUUCUUAUAUUGAUAAAUAUACAUCAUCAACACCUUUUUCACAGUUUAUAAAUGAUGAAACUAUUAUGUACGAAUCAUUAAUUAAUUUUUUUAAAUGUAUACCUGAAUUUAAACAAUUAGACAAAAAUGAUCAAAUUCUGUUGAUAAAAUCUAAUUUACUUACAAUCAUACAUUUACAUCAUAUAAUAAUAUAUAACUUUCAAGAUUGUUCAAAUCUUGAUAAAUGUCUAUCUAAAUGGAUCAAUAAAGAUUUUGAUUAUCAAAUAGUACGAACACGUCAAUAUUUCUAUCGUUUUAUAAAUCAUCCAUUAGUAUUAAAACUUGCACUAGUUGUACUUAUUUUUAGUGUUAAUUUAUCUUCAUGGUUUGAUAUUACACAAUUCUAUGAAUAUAAAAACAUGAAAAUAUUAUUUGAAUAUCAAAAUUAUUAUACGAAUAUUUUGUGGCGUUAUUUAAAUUAUUUAUUCGAUGAAAAAGAAGCAAUAAAAGCAAUGGAAAUAAUAGUUAUGCAAAUUUUACGAUUUCAAUUAUUAAUGGUAACAAUGAGAAAUUCUGUAUGUCAA